UUCAAGUAAUUGUAGAAACUGAAUUUGAUUUUUCUUAAAGAUUUUUGCAUGUGGAUGUAUUUUGAGAGAGAGAGAUGGUACUACUAAAAUUCUUAAGAGUCGGUCUAGGAAUGAAGGAGUGGACCUAGGAUUUUGGCGACAAAAUAGUUAGAGAAAAAUAUGGCAUUCAAACAGUUGCUCCUUAUUAGAGCUAGAUUUGCAUUGUUCUAUUUUUAAAUUUUGAAAUGCUUUUCACUCAUCUCAUCUCUCUCUGACAUCUUUAACAAACUACUUCUUCACAUAUUACUCACAAAUCUCACUGUAUUCAUUUAUUUGUGAUAUACUUGUAUGGCUGUUAUCAACAAUGGCUCAAGAACAAAACCACAGUAGUAGUGGGGGCUGUACUAAUGGUGUUGCCAGAUCUUCGAAAAAGUUUAAGCAAAAUAAAGUGCCACAAAGAGGACUCGGUGUUGCACAACUUGAGAAGAUUAGACUAGAAGAGCAACAAAUUUCACCUAGCAAUUCCUCUUCUUGCUUGGCUUCUCCAACUGAUCACCCUUCAUCCAGUAAACCAUUUACACCACCAUCCAUAAUUCAGAGGAGUACUGAUGUUCGGCCUAAUUCAAUCUCGGAGCUGGUAUCAAACAAUGGGGGUGAAUGCAGAAUGGGGUGGCAAGGCAUUUCAAGCGCAGGGCGUGGUAGUUGGCCUAAUUCACUGAAUGAUGAAUACAAUCUUGGAGGGGGUAUCGGUCACAAGGUGGAUCAUCAGGUGUCAAAUGCUUUACUUUCAAGUGUAAGAUCACAACCAUUUCAUGGAACUUGUCCUUCCUCCAUGGUGAAUGUGUCAGUAGGAAAUUCAUCGUCAUCUGUCACGAAUUUUUGGACGGAGCCCCCUUCAAACCAAAGCCAUCGCAGCAACAAAUCCCAACCAUUGUGGCCAGAUGAAGAGAUGAUGAUUGGCUUGAAGCGAUCUUACCCCUUCUCUGUAGAUGAUGCACCAGUCCCCGCUUUCAACUGCAAAUUUCCUCCUGCAUAUUUAUCCGACAUUCCUACAACAGAUGCAUCAGCAUCAUUCAAGAAUGAUGGUACAUUUGCUUUUGAACAAGCCAAUCCAGUUCUAAGAGAAGACUCGUCUGGUACAGGAGGAGUUCCCAAGUACAAGAAGAAGAUUAUCAAAGAAAAUGGAGGUUACAACGGAGACUUUCUCACACUGGCGCCUCCAAUCCCGAAGGAUCCUCCAUCCUAUCUAGGCUAUUAUAUUCCAGAACUUCCUGAUUUUGAUGCUUUACCUUAUCAGGGAGGCCAAGAUAAUCUAGUUCACUGGCCAAGACAGAUACCAUCAGUUGAGCACAAUGGUCAAUCAAUGCUCACCAUAAGCCACAGUAGUGAUGUAGUAGAAAGUGUUGAUCUAAAUCUAAAGUUGUGAAGCACGACCCUGGCCAUUCUCUGUAAAAUCGCCGGGUUCAUUAUCAAGUUUAGGAUUAUUUUUCAGAUGCAAUGCUAGAAACAAGACAUGAAUCUCUUGUAAAGUUGAGUGCAGAGAAACCCUAGAAUGCGUGUAAUAUGGAAGUGGUAAGACCAGGGAAAGGAUACGGAUACUGUAUUUUUUUUUCGAGCUUGUAUUGAUAUUAAUCAUGGGAGUAGU